UCUAUUUUAAAGCAAAAGAACCAAAACCCUAAGCCAUCCUUCUUUUUUCAUCUUCCUCUCAUCUCCUCCUCCCCUAUCUCUCCCUCUCAUCUAUUCUCCUAGCUGCUCAGGCGAAGCAGCGAACGGCGCCGGCCAGCGAGCUGCCGCGAAAACCAGUCGGCAACCGGGCGCCGCCUCUGAUCUGUUAUUCUCGCCAGCAAGCGAAGGCCGCGCCGGCCAGAAGCAGCGCGAGGACCAGCUCCGACCGGCGAGCCUCUUUCUCUCUUCCUCCUCCCCUCCAGUGAGGACGAAAACAACAAACAGCAGCUCCAGCUGCUCUGACCAGCGAGCGGCGAGCAGCCAACUCCGGCGAAGGCAAGGUAUUCACCGACGAACCCAUCGAAGACGACAAAAACAACAACGAGACCCUCGCAUCUCCAUUCCUCUCCUCUUCGGCGAAGUUCUAGUAAUCUAGCCAUGGAUGAACAAUUUAUUCUGAGGGUUCCACCUUCUGUUGCUGAGCGAAUUGAUCGUCUUUUAAGUGAAAAUUCUUCUUCAGAAGACAAACUGGACUUGUCUUUUUCUGAGGAUGGAAAGACGGGCAGUUUUGUCAUAGGCGACGAGCACUUUCCUGCAUCACUUUUGAAUCUUCCUUGCAUAGUGGAGUCAUACAAAACUUAUGAUGACAACGUGCUCAUUAAAUCCGCAGACAUUGGUCAAAUGAUUAUGGUGAGAGAAGAAGGGGAUCCUGUUCCAGAUGUGGUGGAAUAUAGACAUGGCCUCACACCUCCAAUGAGAGAUGCACGAAGACGAAGAUUUCGGAGAGAGCCAGAUCUUAAUCCUGAGCUUGUUCGGCGUGUUGAUAAAGACUUGCAGAACAUAAUGUCUGGUGGAACAGCUGAGAAUAUUGAUAUAGAAGUUGUUGAGCAAGUGGAAGGAGGUGAAGCAAGUGCACGCCAUGUGAACAAGAAAGUGGCACAACCUGCAACAAAGCCUGACAUUUCCGAGCCCGGGACAGCUGGUGAGGAUCCUGAUAGAACUGAGUCUGAGGAUUCUGAUGAUUCAAUAUAGCCGAGGACAUUUUCCAGCCUUUGCUAUUGUUAUAGUGGCUACCAAGUCUUUGCUAUUGUUGUAGUGCACUUCUGGUUAGUUGCCGUCAGAAUUUAUUAAUGCAGUUGGCUUAUCGAGUCUAGGCUUGAAUAUCGCUGUAAUAUAACAGUUUGCAAUGUCUACUUCAGACAUGCGAGCAUGACAAUUGCAAAUUGUGUUCUGUAAAGUGAUGGUCUGUCUCCAGUUUGAUGUAUUGAAUUCACUUAUUUUGUUCUAAGAUAAGAAGAUGUUUAUUGCAAAAUUGAUAA